AUGGCCGGAACUUACGACGACGAGGAUUACAUCCCGGGAACUGUGAACAUUUUCGCGUCCAAGUACGAGGACGACGCCGGACCCGGCGGUCAGCCACUCAAAAAGAACAAAAAUGGAGUCAUUCUUCUUCCACAACCUUCAGACUCACCCAAUGACCCACUCAACUGGUCUCUCACCCGGAAAAUGUGGCACUUUGCCCUCGUCUCGUUCAUCACCGGGUUGACCGCAGCCACGUCCAACGACGCCGCAGCCGCCCAGGAGUACUUGAAUGAUCUCUAUGGGAUCACAUAUGAUGCCAUGAACACUGGGGCCGGGAUUUUGUUCAUUUUCAUUGGUUGGUCUUGUAUAUUUUUCGCCCCAGCUUCAUCCUUGUAUGGCCGUAGAAUCACCUAUUUGAUCUGUCUUCUUUGUGGAUGUUUGGGUUCGGUAUGGUUUGCCAAAUCAAACCGAACUUCAGACACUCUUUGGUCUCAAAUGUUUGUUGGGAUGUCUGAAUCUUGUGCCGAGGCUCAAGUGCAACAAUCCUUGAGUGAUAUUUUCUUCCAACAUCAAUUGGGUGGGGCCUUGACCAUUUAUAUCUUGGCCACAUCUGUUGGUUCCUUCUUGGGUCCCUUGGUGGCCAAUUUCAUUGCUCAGGGCAUGGGGUUCCGUUGGAUUGGUUGGUGGGGUGCCAUCAUCUGUGGAGCAACCAUGAUUGUAGUUUUCUUUACCUGUGAAGAAACUGUUUUUGACCGGACAAAGUAUAUCCCGGUGAUUGACUCCUCAUUCCAUCAAACAUCCUCCAAUGAAAAUUCUCAAGAUCUUGAAGAUUCCUCGGAAAAGAAUGAGAAACUCCACCAACACACUUCUCCACGGUUACUCACAGUGGAGACAACCCAUAGAGCCCAUCCCGAAGAAGAAGAAGAUACCACCAUCGAUGCCACCACUGGUGGUGCAAAUGCCAACAAUUUGGAAACUGGCGUGGUUUCUGCCCAAGAUGAGAAAAUGCAUCCUUAUUGGAAAAGAAUUGCCAUCAUCACCCCAUCCAGUUAUUUGGAAGGAUUUGGAUUCAAACAAUACAUCUUCCGGUUUGUAGUAUACUUUAAGGUUUUCACCAUUCCUGCCGUGUGGUUCUCGGGACUCUUGUGGGGGCUUCAAGACGCAUACAUGACCUUUUUCUUGACCACCCAAGAUGAUUAUUUCUCCUCUGACCCUUGGAAUUACUCUGCCAAUGGUGUUGCCAUCAUGAACGUGGCUACCUUGAUUGGUGCCGUGGUUGGAUGUUUGAUGUCGGGUGUCUUUUCCGACGUCCAUGUCUUGUGGCUUGCCAAACGUAACAACAGUGUAUUUGAGCCUGAAAUGAGAUUAUGGCUUCUUUUCAUCACCUUGAUCAUCUCUCCUAUGGGAUUGAUCAUGUUUGGGGUUGGCGCUGCUCGUCAAUGGCCCUGGCAAGUCAUCUACGUUGGUUUAGGGUUCAUUGGGUUUGGUUGGGGGUCCAUUGGUGACACCGCCAUGUCCUACUUGAUGGACUCAUACCCGGAAAUCGUCAUCCAGGGGAUGGUUGGUGUUUCCAUUAUCAACAAUACCCUUGCAUGUAUCUUCACCUUUGUGUGCAGCAAAUGGUUGGAAGCCUCUGGUACACAAAACACCUACAUUGCAUUGGCUGUGAUUGACUUUGUGUCGAUUGCCACCAUUGUGCCCAUGUUCAUAUGGGGGAAGACAUUUAGAAAGAAGACAAAGAGACUAUACAUCAAGUUGGUUGAGUUGUCUCAAGGUAUGUAA